AGCAAGUGAAAUUCAGAGGUCCUUAGUUUGCUGACUGGAAAAAAAGAGAAAGAUCUACCUCAAACUAAAAGACGCUUAAACGGGAUUUACCUCAGACUCAAAACUCGCAGAGUGCUUUUCACCCUUCAGAAUUACAAAGCACAACACUUGAUCCAGGACCCACUGGAACAAGUCCUGUAAAGGACUUUAGGACGAGAGCACCGUGUCCACCUGGAAAUGCAAGAACAAUUGAGGGAGCCUGACCACAACUAUGCCCCUGGGGGUUAAUCAGAUCCUAGAAGUCAUGCUCCUCUCCCCUAGUGGGAUGUGGCAGGGAUCGGAUUUCUCUCCCACCGACGCAAGAGUCAGUACUGCCUGGGGAGGGGCAAGAUGCCACCUGGCUUCCCCUCCUUGUGCUGCUGAUAAGCGAGGAGAUCGCGGUCCCGACUUGCCCCACGGUGCCCGAUCUGCGCCGGGUGCCUAGGAGAGUGGCUUGCCUUGCGUGCUGCAUCUGAACCGAAGCGGGGCCCCGCCGCUCGGGGACUGCAGCAGAAGCAGAGCCGCCUCCGCCGAUUCCCCUCCCCGGCUGAUAAGAGAGAUGAAAAGCAGGCGGUUAUGAACGUCAGCCCGCAGGCGGGCCCACGUGGCCUGCUCUCCCGGCAAGCCAGCUGCAAAUGCCUCGCAUGCUCAGGAGCUCAGCUCAGCGCCGCUGCAGAGAUCGGCCGCCUGAUGCUCGCGUGCGGCAACCGCCCGGCGAGACUGCCUGGACCGCCCGCGGAGACCGGGCCCGCGCUGCAGGCAGGGGCGUGGAGGGGCGCCGCACCCCUGGGCUCUAAGUCCCAUUGCACCACUGAGCUCUAACAGCUGGGCUAUUUAAACAGAGAAAAUGGUGGAUAGACCCAUGUGGGAGCAAGUUGGGACAAGCUUUGUACAUCUCUAUUACCAGCAUUUUGAUGCCAGCAGGGUUCAGCUGAGUGCUCUCUAUAUGGAUGCUUCUUGCUUGACAUGGGAAGGGCAGCAAUUCCAAGGAAAAACAGCCAUCAUGGAAAAGUUGAUGAGCCUUCCAUUCCAAAAAAUUCAACACAGCAUAACAUCCCAAGAUCAUCAACCAGCCCCUGAUAAUUCUAUCCUCAGUAUGGUGGUUGGGCAGCUGAAGGUGGAUAACGAUCCAGUGAUGGGAUUCCACCAGUUGUUUGUUCUCAAGAAUAUUAGUGACAACUGGGUCUGCACCAAUGACAUAUUUAGACUGGCUCUAUAUAACUUUGCUUGAUUUCCGCCCCUAUUCCUAAGCCUGUUUCUACUGCCACUCGGCAAUUUUUGACCCCCAAAUAAAUAAAACAAUUGUUCU